AUGGCGAGAAUUGAGAACGAACAGAUAUGGAGGUUUACUCUGGCCGGCAUCUCCAACAUGAGUGCUGCUACAAUUACGAACCCUGUUGACGUCAUCAAGAUACGUAUGCAGCUGGAAAAUGAGCUCGCAACACAGAAAGGAAUCCAGGUGCUGAAAAACCGUUAUUACGACGGUUUCCUAAAGGGCGGUGUACGGAUCGUCAGCGACGAAGGCAUAAGGGGCCUGUAUAAGGGAAUUGUUCCUUCACUGAUGAGAGAAGGAAGUUAUAGCACAAUUCGUAUGGGCGCAUACGAGCCUGUAAAAGUCCUGUUUGGCGCCACUGACCCAGCUCAUACACCAUUAUGGAAAAAGAUAUGUGCAGGUGCUCUCACCGGAGCAAUAGGUAGUUCCAUUGCAGUUCCAACUGAUCUGGUCAAAGUACGAAUGCAGGGAUGUACCAAGUUGGUAGGAGAAACGCCAAGGUACCGUAGUACGUUCUCAGCUUUCUCAGAAAUUGUACGUCAGAACGGCAUUCGUGGUCUGUAUGUUGGUGUGGGACCGACGGUCAAAAGAGCGGCUAUACUGACCGCUACACAGAUUCCUACAUAUGACCACACAAAACAUACCAUACUAAACGCUGGCUUGAUGACAGAGGGCGCUCCACUGCACGUGACCGCUUCUAUGGUGGCGGGCUUCAUGACGGCAUUAACUACGUCACCAGUAGACGUUGUGAAGACGCGGAUUAUGAACCAGAAACAGGAUAGUAAAGUGUACAAGUCAGCAUUUGACUGUUUCUUAAAGACACUACGAUCAGAAGGCCCAUUGGGACUGUACAAAGGCUUCAUUCCGAACUGGAUGAGAAUCGGACCACAUACAACUAUCGCCUUUUUCAUAUUUGAACAACUACGAAAAAUCAUCGGCAUUGACCCUAUAUGA